GGCGCUGUAGCUUGUGGGAGAGGCCAGCUAAAAUCUAAUCACGUGGUAUAAAGUUAACCCAAUGGCAGCCGGACUAACUGAAAGGACCAAUUGAGGGUGACGAUGUUGGAAGUAGGAAAUGAUACAUACAAAGAAAGAAAAACAAAAAAGUUAGCGGCGUUGAUAGAAUUUGUGUAAAAACCUUUAUAUUAUUAUUAUUAUAUAUGCCGCACUUCCUAAACCAAAACUUUGAGUCUUUUUCAAGCUGCUUACUACACGGAAUGACUCAUAUUAAUGCCCCGAAAGGCCACAAAGACAGAAAGGCCUUCCUUGCAGUUUUUGCAGCGGCCUCAGUGUGGUGCCAGACUCCGAAAUCAGCCAGAAGUCAGAGCAGCCCUCAACCCGAAAGACUUCUUCUCAGAGACGCAGGCACACAGUAGUUCCACGCUUCAUGAGUGGGUAAGCCCACAGUUUGACUCGGUUUCUCUUGCAGCUGUGCCUAAAGGGAGACGAGGGAAUAGGAAAUGCCCAUCAACCACAAGCAUCCUUGAUCACUCAACUCAGCUUACCAAGAAAACCAGUGUAUGCAAAUUUCCCUCGUUGUCAUUUCAGGAAAGGUCAAGAGACCAGAGUAAUCAACCAAAGAGAACAAACUCAAAGAAAGCUUUGGAGGCCAGCCGUGAGCUUGAUUUGAGAAAUAAUUUACAGGAAUCGAAUCAAACAACAAAUAUAGUUUCAAGUGCUCGGUACAUUGAAACACCAAAGAGAAAAUCAGCUACAAUUAGAAAAGGAAAUGGAGAGAAGGUUUCUGAUGGUGCUGCAUCCUUUAGCAGAUGUACCGACCAAUUCAGAACUGCAUCACUUCCAGGGGAGACAUGCAGAAUUCAAUCAAAUGACACUUCAACACCUGCGUCCAUUGACCUUAGCAACGCUGAGAUGAGCAGUGUUGGCCCAGCACCUGAUGUGGACACUCCAAAACUAAUACAGGGAGAGAGUAAUUGUCCCUCCUCAACAACUGAACACUGUCUGCUGGCUCGACCUUGUACACCGACGUGUAAUGAGCCACCCGACAUUUUAGCAGCUGAUUCACCAGAGGAGGAUUAUGGAUUGAAGGUGACAUGGAGGAGGAGGAAAAGUGUUAUGUUGCGGCUGAAAGAACAAGGUCAUCUGAAUGAUUCAGAUGUGUUAAUUUCAAGUUGAUAGACAACUGAUUGUGGGUUUUUUUGUAUAUUUUUUAUAAAACAUUAUUGUGUCCAUUAUGAAAUCUUAUGAAACAAGUGUCUCAUCAACCCAUCUGCACAGUGUAGAUUGUAUGCAAAUGAUGUGUAAUUGUAAUAUUCUGAUUCCAGCCCUGAGAAACUACUUGUUUGUUGUUUCUAUGGCUCUAACCCUCAUGAAUUCCAUUACACAUUCAUAUUUUCUCAUUGACAUGAAACAUAACUAUAAUCAUUAACAUUAACACUAGUUUGAUUUGGUGAUUUGGAGUAAUACUGGCUGUAUGAACCAAUGAAUGUAGAAUCAUAAUGUGCAGCAGAAUUAUAAAACAUAAAUGUGAGAAAUGGCUCUAAA